AGUCCUUCGCGUUUCAUACCUUUUGAGUUUUUUUUAAUGACGUGAAACUCCUCUAAGAGGCAGAACCACUUGGUAACCCAUCCCUAUCGGGUAAAUCCCGAAUACAUAAGGUCACAUCAUUAAAGGUUUUGGCAGAAAACAGGAAGCUUAGAAAUUGCUAAUCCAUAUAUAUUAUAUGCUUAAGGCUCUAUCUUCCUCUUCUUCCAUUGCAGCUCUGUCAUGGGCCGAGUCACUUGCGUGGUACGCCAUGUGCGUGAUGAUGACAUACUUGACAAAUGUCUGGAAGCUUGACCUCACCCAGGCUGCUGCAAUUGUAAAUGUGUUUACAGGUGCAGCCAACAUAAUGCCUAUAGCCAUGUCCGUUCUUGCAGAUGCUUAUCUGGGUCACUAUUGCAUGGUCUUGCUCGCCAAUCUUGCUUACAGCUUUGGGUUGAGCUUCUUGGCUAUGUCAACACUAGCAGUCGUUUCUGAUGAUACAGGCAACUGUAGAGGAUACAAACCAGAUUGCAUUGGUGAUACCCAAAAGGCUCUCUUCUUCACAGCAUUAGUCCUCAUAGCUGUUGGGAAAUCAGGCAAUCUGACAUCUAUAAAGUCUUUCCGGGACCAACAACAAAUGGAAAUCAAAGAGGUAGAAAGAAAAAUGCCAUGGAAAUUGGCAGGCAUGUUGGCUGUGAUUCUUCUCCCAAUAUUUGGAGGUAUUGCACUUCCAUUUAUAAAACCUUGGUCUGUCCGAUUUGGAAUACCAGCAAUAUGUACUAUAGCGGCAACUCUUUUGUUCAUGAGUGGCUCCUCUUCAUACACACACCAUCAGCCGCAAGGAAGUCCUCUUACAACCGUUUCAAGAGUCUUUGUAGCCUCUGCUUCCAAGAUCUUUUGUCAUCUCCCACAGGAUGCAAAUCAGCUUUAUGAAAAACAUCAACCAAGUGAAGGUCUUCGCUUUGUGCCUCACACCCGGAGCCUCAGGUUCCUUGACAAGGCUGCUAUUAUAGUCCCAACCCAAACCGUAGAGCAUCAACAACAAAGUAGAUGGAAACUUUGUAGAGUAACAGAAGUAGAGGAAACAAAAAUCUUUAUACGUAUGAUACCAAUGUGGAUGACCUUCACUAUGUGGGGGGUCGUGAGUUCUAUAGGAGAGACUUAUUUUUUAGAGCAAGCAAACCAUAUGAAUCGCAAGGUUGGAAAAUUGAAGGUCCCUCUUACAAUGCUACCAAUCUUUUACAAAAUUGCAAAAUCAACGUUGGCCAAACUCUAUGUUAAAGUGGGUGAGAAAUUUACUGAAAAGGGAUCAGGAAAAUAUGUAGCCCCAGUUGGAAACAUAGCUGCAAUGCUAUUUUCUGUACUAUGUUGUAUCACAGCUGCAAAAAUGGAGACCAUGAGGUUAGAAGUGAUUAAAAACCAUAUGUUACUUGACAAACCUAAUCAAAAAAUCCCAAUGAGCAUGUUCUGGCUCCUUCCACAGUUUCUCUUUCUUGGUGCCUUAGAUGGAAUCUCUGGUAAAAGCAUUCCUGAUUUCUUCACCAGUCAAGUUCCUGCCUCAAUGAGGCCCUUAAUGGAAAUUUUUACCUGGCUUGCAUUUGGAGCAGGAACUAUGGGUAGCGUCCUCUCAGUUUAUGUGGUGGGGAAGAUCAGUGAAGAGAGAGGAAAACCAAGUUGGUUUCAGGACACACUGAAUAAAAGUCAUUUGAAUAACUACUAUUGGGUACUCACAAUAUGGAGUUCCAUAAAUCUUGUCUUGUACAUCUUGGUGGCAAUUCGGUACCCCUAUCAAGACCCACCACGAGGUAGAGUCGAUCUGAACCAAGUUGAUGAGUUACUUUAA